CCCCGCGCCACACCCGGUUCAGCUCGCACCACUCUAACAAUCCUUACUCACCCUUCGGCAGCCGCCUUUUCCCUCUUUAUCACGCCGCGGCACGAAACUCAAGCGAAGCACCGCGACGAAAACUCUUCUUCUCCCCAACCUUUUUCGAAACAACCGAGAACCACUCAACGUUCAAAUCAUCGAACGGACCUCUCCAUGGCAGGCCCUUCUUCCCCCGGUAGCGACGGGCCAACCUUCGCGCCUCCACCGCUUCCUGCGGGCUGGAUUGCCCAGUGGGAUGCUUCUUCCAAGAAGUACUAUUUCGUUCAGUUGUCGACGGGCGCGUCGCAGUGGGAUACACCCACCGAGGCUGCCCCGGUCGGCGGCACUCCCGCCGCGCGCAACGAUCACCCCUACGGCGUGCCCUAUGGUGCCAACAACGGUGCCGAGAUCAUCGUUCAUCCGGACGGCAGCCGGACAGCGAAGUAUCCCGACGGCCGGCUCGAGCCUGUGCACCCGCGAGAGGACGAGUAUGCGGGCGGGACGAGGGGGAUAGGUGGUGGAGAUGGUGAUAGGGGACUUGGGUCGUUCCUCGGAAACACGCUCAGCUCGCUCGGCGGUAAACAAGGCGGCGGAUCCCACGGCGGCGGCGGCGGCGUUGGCGGCGUUGCUGGACAGCUAGUAACUGGGCUCCUGUCCUCUGGCAGCUCUGGUGGACAUGGCGGAGGCCACAGCAGUAGCGGCGGCGGCGGCAGCAGCGGCAUCGGCGGGAAGCUCGCCUCGCAGCUGGCUUCUAACCUAUUUUCUGGGAGCAAACCGUCGUCCCAGCCCCAGAACUACCAUGGUGGUCAAUCAUCCGGACACUCUUCCAGCGGCGGUCUAGGCGGCAUCGUCGGAGGCGUCGCCAAUAUGUUUGGCGGGAAAGCCCACGGCUCAGGCCAGAACAACUAUGGUUACUCGAAUAACGGACAGACGGGCGGGUAUUCCGCGCCGGCCCCGCCAGCUUCGUAUCAGCCACCCUCGCAGCCCGGCACCACCCCGUCCCAUCACGGCAGUGCAUCCUCGUAUCAGACUUCUGGCCAGCACCAUGCCCCGCCAUCUCAGUACACUUCGUCCUACAACUCCGCCGGUGGCCCGUCGCCACACAGCCGAAGCUACGCCGCUCCCCCACAUGGCCAAUCCCAACCCUACGGCCAGCCAUCGUACGGUGCUUCUCCCGCCGUGCCUGCUCCCUACGGUCAGCACAGCCAACCGCAAUACUCCCAACCCCAGUAUAGCAGCGGCGGGUCCGGUGGCGGGCACUCUGCCUACCCCUCGCAGCCACAGUAUGCCUCCGGCGGACACCAGGGGUAUGGCGGCAGCGGCCAAUAUCACUAGGAGGAUGACAAUGACCGGUUGCCUGAGGCCCAUCACGGCGCGGGAGUUAGUUGAGCAGCAGGGAGGGAGGCAGCGACGAGAUGAGAGGGGCCGAGAAUCGGAUGGGGAAGGUAGUCAUUAUCAUGUGCGAGGGCGAGAGGACCUGUUGCCUCAAUCACUCGCACAGCGGGAGGUGCUGGCGAACUUGAAGGAGGGACGGCAGGACAGUAGAGGCAGUCGUUAUCAUUCCCGGCGGAGGGCGAGCCUAUC